UGAGAGAGUCGGAACGAAGCUCGGUAAGGUCCCCUCACCGCCAACUCCUCUUGCUACGCCGAUCGUCGCUUUCGUGCCCAGUCGUUUAAACCCCGGAGCAAGCGCGGGCCGGUUGUCCUGGUGACCCGCUCUGCGAGUCGCAGGCUCUCCUGGACUUAUGUUUUUAUCUCUGGACGCGCGGUGGUGGGACAUCCGGAAUGGGGAAUCCGUAGGAGAAGACUGCGCUGGCUGGUUUUACUGUUUGCGAUAAAAAAACAAGAGAACGCAGGCGCGCAGACGCGCUGGCCCGCAUAGCCUACGCACGAGAUGGACUUCAAGAAAACAAAAUUUGGCAAGUUCAUGAACUGCAGGGUGCCAGCCAGCAAGAGAUACCAGCCCACUGAAUAUGAACACGUUGCAAACUGUGCCACACAUGGGUUGUGGAUUUUGCUGGGAUACGUGGCCAUGGGGGCUGUUCCUGCUUUGGUCAUUCUCUCUAUGGUAGAGCGCACAGGUGUGUGUGAACUGGCCGUGGGAGGUGUCUUCUAUGGAGUAGGCGUGGUCUUCUUUAAGAGCGAUGGCCUUGUGCCAUUCGCCCAUGCGAUCUGGCAUCUAUUUGUGGCCGUUGGAGCAGCCAUUCACUACUACGCCAUCUGGAGGUACCUGUAUUUACCGGGGACACAGCUGCAGACGUCGAGGUGACCGGCUGCAUACUGACGUUAAGCGUUUCCAUGCCGACAGGCUGAAUGACAAAAGUGCAUUUCAUGUAGUCAGGACGUUAGUGUUUUGACUACGGUAAGCUUCACUUACGAAGCUGUGCCACCUGGGACCAAUUUGUACUGUGUGCUGACUAUAUAACAUCUAGCCUCACUACACCAAAUUGACGCUAAUUUAUAAUGUCUAAUUCUGCUCUUUUAGACGUAAUUAGCGACACUGACACUGGUUUGUGUGCCAUGUUGACUGUCUGUCGUGUUUCAGACGAGAUCCGAGUGCCAGGCCUGCAUUAUGAAAUCUUCAUUCCUGCUUAUCUCCGCCAGUUAGAGGAAAAGUUUCUAAUUUUGGGAAAUGUGUUUAUUUUCUAUCAGAGGUAGACGAGAAGAUUGAUAACAAUCUAUAAUGUUUGUGGUAACCACAAUACUGUGCACAGACAUGUUCAGAUCUACAGAUUCUACAUCGCGCCAUCAGAGAGACAUUUGAUCACGUCAACGAUCUGACCCCCCAAAGAGCCCUGAUCCCAGACAGACAUCAUGGAAUCAGUUUGGGAUCACAUGAACAGAAGCAACAGCUUCAGGUUAUAUUUCACCAUG